AUGUCUGUCUGUUUCCUUUCCUUUUCAAUUACUCGUUCCCUUCCCGUCUUUUUCCAAAGCCCUACCUUGUCUUCGUCGCUCUACAAAAAAAAUGACUGUCCUUUACAUUUUUCUAUUUAUUACUAUUUGUUUUACGCUCUAAUCAGUUUCUUUUCUCAUAUUUCUGCCUGUCUUAAAAAAAAAAAAACUCCCCUGUUUAUUCUUAUUUCUUUCCGCAACUUUUUUCACUCUCUCGCAACACACAGUUCGCCGUAUCUCCUAGCAGACCUGCAAAAAAAUAUUUGUGCUCGCUUCGAUAAGACAAACGGUCCAAAUUUAUUGACAUCACUGGUUGCCUCCCUAAAUCAAAUGCUGCGCAAGAUUUAUGAUAAUCAUGUUGGAUUACGAACAUUUUCUACCAUCCAUUCAUCUUUGAUUUCUUCUUCUUCUUCUCCUUCUUCUUCUUCUCGUUUUCUGUUUCUUCUUCUUCUUCUUCUUCUUCUCGUUUUCUGUUUCUUUUUGUCUUUAUCUACAUUUUUAAACCUCUUUUUCUUUUUCGUUCUACUUCUCUUAUUUUUCAUUUUCUUCUCUUUCUCUCUUUUUUUAUCUAGUCUCUUGAUUUUCUUUCAUUUUUUCCCUCGUUUAACACGUUUUUUGUUUACUGGCAAAUACUUUUUCUUCUUUUUUAAUAACAUCAUUUCGUUCUUUCUUUUUUACAUCCCUCUUCUACAUCAUAAUUUUCUUUUCCUUUUCUCUUUUUUUUAUUUUUUAUUUCUUCACAUCGAUUAA